AUGAGCGAUCUUGAAGACUCAUCUCCAACCUUUGAACCUAACAGUGAUGCCCCGAAGAUCACCGAUUGCAUGGUCGUAGGAUCUUACAACUGGCUCAACCAGAAGCCUCCUACAAUUCUCAUCCCAGAUGCUUACGAUUCAAUCUACAUAGGCGCCCCUCCAGCAUGGGCCCCAACCUCGUCCUUGAAUAAGCUUCCCUCAGACAGCGGCUCAUACUUCCGUGAUCAGAAUGCAGCAAGAUACGCCGCGCACGUCUUUCAGCCGGCACUGGAGGCAAUCCUCAAGCAAGAACCGGAAUUUGAUUUCAGUGGCAUUGACAUCGUUGCCUGUGGCAGCACUUUAGGCAACCUCCGCCGAUAUGUGUCCGAGCCCACCAAAGAGUUCAGAUUCGUGGUUGAGGCUGUUGGAUCUGCUGUUUUCCUGGUGCGACGUGAGAACUCACCCACACAGACAAUCCCAGACGUGUUUGGGUACGGACACACCUUUCCAGAAGCAAACACCAAGUGGGAUGCCAACGUCAAGGGCUCCGAGUCGCAUCAGAGAAUCCUGCAAUACAAGUUUGCAGGCUUAUCAUGCCUCGUUCGCUAUGAGGGUGAUGGGUACCUUCCCAAGCUUCAUCAGUCAUGCAUUAGCCAUGGCAAGAGCACAGCGGCUACUCCAGACGACUUGAUGGCAUCCUUGAAGGAAGUAACGGUGGGCCCGGCUACAGGAUCCCAUAUUGGCCAAGCCCUCGCUGUUGAGACUGGCGGAGAAAUUGUUCCCCAGUCUGCCAUAUUCGAUUUAAAGACCAGGACAUUCAAGAAGGAGUAUCAGGAUGUCCUCGAUGGAGAGCUUCCUAGACUUUGGUUGGCGCAAAUACCCAAUUUCGUGAUCGGCUUCCACAAGUACGGAGUGUUUGACGACGUGCGCGUUGAGGACGUCCGUGAAGAAGUACGGAAAUGGGAGAAGGAGCAGGAGAGCAAUUUGCAGAAGCUUGCUGGGCUACUAAAGAUGUUGAUCGCCUUUGCGCAGGGUCAAAGAGACGGUAGAUUUGAAGUUGUGUACCGCGGCGGCAGCUUAGAAUUGAGGGAAGUUGGGGGAGUGGUCAAUUGUUGUAUACCGGAUGAGAUGAAGAGACGGUGGACACGGGGAGGUUCCGAUGAGACAGGAAAUGAUGGAUGGAAGGCGAGAUGGAAGGGGAGAGUAGUAAAGGAAGAGGACGAGGAAGAGGAAGAAAAAGAUGAAGAGGAAGACGAGGAUGGGGAAAGAGAGUCAGGUGCCUGGGGUGGUGACUCGGACUCUGAGAAGGACUUCACGGCCUGUUCUGCUUCUUCCUGUGGCUACUGCGGCCAUUGCCGUUAUUGA